AUGUGGAUGCAGCAUAUUUAUCCUCAUUUUCCUGUUAACUUGGACGAGCUUCCAUUUCGAGGCGCAACCAACCUAACAUGGAGGUUUAUGUCGUCAGGAAACAGAUAUGUGUACUGUAUUGUUGAAAAGCAGAAGUGCUUCUCACCUUUUGUUCUACAAAAUAAAUUUCUCGUUUACGACUUAUGGAGCGGAACUUCCUGUUACUACCGAUGUUCUUCGACGGCAGAUUUAGUGGAAUUCUACGAAACUUCAGAAAAUCGGGGGAUUGCUGUGAUAGAUGAUGGAGAUGAUAUUUCUUUUCACUCCACUACGCUUGACCAUGAAAGCAGAAAAUUGGACAUUGGCGAGGCGAGCCUCUCUAUGGUAAAGGCGACGAAUAAUUACGGAAACCGCAGAGGUAGUGUAGGAUUCAGUACCAGAAAUAAUGACGGGGUGACUAUGGUGAUCCCUUUCGAAAAUGGCAUCAGCGUCAUUGAGAUGGAUUCAAAAUGUAACAUUAAGAAGACAGAUGUGGAAUGCGAUAGCGGUUCUUGGUCUCGUAGUGAACCGUGGCAGGAAGGCCGCAUGCUGUACUGCUUCCACUCGGUCGCAGACGAAUUUGAAGACGAUGAGUUCUCCGGUAUGAUCGUAUCGGUGGAUCUCGACACAAGUGAAGUCUCUUGGAUAACAAUAUCCGAUGAGCGACUGAAAUCGUUUUUUGAUGACCCCAAUCACCCUGUACGUUUCGUGCGUGUAAUUCACAGAAAUGACAGAGUGUGGAUGACAACGGAGAAGCUUUUAGAGAAUUCGAAGAAGGUGUAUUUGAAAGAAGACCACAGGUGGCACGAGAUAGGAUCUGGAAUUGCGGACACCAUGGUCUUAAUUGAUGUACGUGACGACGGCAAAGCUUUGGUACUCAACAUUGAGACACAUCUCGAGGGUCACUUUCACGAGGAUAGCGUCUCAUUCGCUGUAUUGAGUCGUUGGUAG